AUGACACUAGAUGGCGAGAGCUCUCAGGAACCAGAGCAGCUUCCUCGGGAGAACUGGGCCUUUCUCCCCAGCCUCCCUCUGUUCUCAGCGCCGACUAUUCUAAAUAUUGGACGGCAGUUUUUUAUUCAUUCUCCCUCUACCAUCCUCAAACUGGGCGCUGACGAUGGCGAAGGCAAGAUGACCGCGCUCGCCCAUUCCAUCUUGGGCCUCUGUGUCCCACGCGUCAUUUGUGUCGUCACGAUUCCGAUAAUAACCUCCAACGCCUUGACGCCCAACCGCAUCCAACAGGGCGUCGUUCUCAUUCGCCAGCCAGGCACGCCGCUAGUCGAGCUCUGGCCCUCUCUCACCCUUCUACAGCGCCAGACCAUCAAGGCGGAGCUCUGCCGUCUCCUCGUGCGUAUGCGUACGCACCACUUUUCUUACUACGGCCGGCCUACGCGGCAGCCGUACGUCCUCUUCUCCGAAUUUGGCACAGAGACGUAUGUAUGUUGCGCCUCCCGCUCAGAGUGGGAUGACUCGCGCGUCCGCGCGCUGCAGGCCUCUGACCCGGACGCGGAACGUGCAGUCGCCCUUGAGCGAGUACAGCGUGACACCACCGGCCCAGGUGAUUGGGACCGUCCUGUCCUCUCGCAUGGGGACUUGUCUGACCGGAACAUCCUCGUGGACCCGUGCACACUCGCGGUGACGGGUUUCCUGGACUGGGAGAUGGCCAACAUCAUGCCCGCGUACUAUGAGUACGUCGCGGCACGGCUGUCCGGGGGCCAUCAACCUGGGUGGAGGAGGGAACUGCUAGACGUGCUGAGGUCUGUUUUGCGCUGCGAGUGCGAUGCUGGGCGCCAGGAAGACCUGGACGCUGUCAAUGUCGAGGAUGGAGAGGAACGAUAUAGGAGGACGUUGGCGGCGUGGGAUGCUGUCGUCGAUGUUGAGAGAAUCGCGCAGGGAUACGACAAUAACUGCAAAUGGACUUUUGAAACCGGCCUAUCAGAUGUUUCACAAAAGACUAGUUCUGCCUCAUAG